UAAUUUAAAUUUAAAUUUAUUAUAUUGUUCGAACAGUUUAACAGUUAUGUAAAAUUAAUUAUUUAGGUUUUUAGCGACUGGUGAUUCGUUUCAAACUAUAUCAUUCAGUUAUCGGCUGGGGCAUUCGACUGUUCAUUACAUUGUUAAAGAAGUAUGCAAAGCUAUAGUAGACGAAUUGUUAGCUGAAGUGAUGCCGCAACCAAAGGAAAAAGAUUGGGAAAAAAUUGCUGACGACUUCUGGAAAAUGUGGAACUUUCCUAAUUGCUUAGGAGCAUUAGAUGGGAAACACGUGGAAAUUUUUGCUCCUCCGAACAGUGGUUCCCAAUAUUUCAAUUAUAAGAAAACUUUUUCUAUUAAUUUGUUAGCUUUGGUUGACGCAAAUUAUAAAUUCAUUGCUGUAGAUGUAGGAUCCUACGGUAAGAAUAGUGAUGGUGGAAUAUUUGCCAAUUCAAAUUUAGGAAAAGCGUUGGAACAAAAUAAACUACAUGUUCCAAAAGAUAAAAAUCUUCCCGGAACUCAAUGUCCAGUGCCAUAUGUCAUUGUGGCGGAUGAGGCAUUUCCCCUAAAAACCUAUCUAUUAAGACCUUAUCCUGGUUCUGUAAUUAAUGGUGAUAUACAGAAACAAGUAUUCAAUUAUAGAUUGUCAAGAGCUAGGCGCAUAUCCGAAAACGCAUUCGGAAACUUGGUGCAAAAAUUUCGAAUCUUUUUUAGAAACCCACCAGAAUGUGAACCUAAUUGGGGACGUAUACAUAGACAAGGAGGAAAUGCCCUCACUACUGCUUUUAAUGUGCGUGAAACCUAUAAAACUUUUUUUAACUCUGAAAAUGGAUCAUUACCAUGGCAGAGAGAUAAGUUUAUGUAA